AUGGCUAGACCGAAGAAGCAGCGGGCCCGUGCUACGCGGCACCACGCUCGCGCCUCGCGGCUUUCCAUAGCACAGGCAAAGGAGCUCCGCACAGGGAAAUCCAAAGGAGGUGCGCCGGUCUUCGCCGAUGAAACCGAGAUGAAGAAAAGCUUGCGGCAAGCCCUGGUCAAGGCCCCGUACAAUGUCCAUGACUACUACCGCCCCGACGGGUGCGCCCAGCAGAUUGCAAGACAUGCAAUGUUCGAAAACUGCACGUUGGUGGUGAUUGUCCUGAACUGUCUAUGGAUGGCCAUCGACACCGACAACAACCCUGCGGCGGUUCUCAUUGAUGCCCCGCCCGUCUUCCAGGUGGCGGAGCAUUUGUUCUGCACUUAUUUCUUCAUUGAGAUCACGAUCCGAUUCCUGGCUUUUGAGUACAAGUGCGACUGCUUUCGGGACUUUUGGUUCGUCUUCGACUUCUGUCUCAGCCUCUACAUGAUUGCCGAGACGUGGAUCUUGUCCAUCGUCCUGGUUGUCGCCGACCUCCGGGAAACCGAUUCGCUGUUCAGUGCAAACGUUCUUCGGAUCAUCCGCAUGGUGAAGAUCCUUCGGCUCACGCGCAUGGCGAAGCUGCUGCGGUCCAUCCCAGAGCUGGGCAUUGUGGCCAAGGCAAUCGGUGCAGCUGGCCGCUCACUCUUGGUGAUUGCAGCCUUUUGUGUGAUGGUCCUUUAUGUUUUCGCCUUGCUGAUGAAGCAGAUCACAGAUAUGGUGCAGGAGCCACCAGCAGACUCUGCACUUACUGCGGACUUUGCCACCGUGGCGACAUCCAUGAACACCUUGCUGCUGAAGAGCAUGUUCGCAGAGAGCGCUUCCUUUGUCUACUCCCUGGCGGCCUGGCAUCCUGUCUUCUGGCCUUUUGUGGUGCUCUUCAUCUUGAUCACAUCAGUGACCAUGAUGUACAUGCUGAUUGGCGUGAUGGUGAACGUGGUGAACUCCGUGGCGGCCUCCGAGCGCGAGGGCUCCACCGUGAGCCUUAUCGCCCAGUCUCUUCGACAGGUCAUGUCAAAGCUGGGAAUGGAUCCGGAUGGUCCUCUCUCCAAGCAGACCGUCACCGAUCUGCUGCUGGAUGCGGAAGUAGCCCAGUUCUUGUACAGUUUGGAUGUGGACAGCAUCGUCAUGGUGGAGAUGCUGGAUACUUUCUACGAGGACAUCAUGGAGAAGGAAGGCCGACAGAUGAACUUCGAGGACCUGGUGGAUGGGCUGCUGAACCUGCGUGGGACGAACCCGGCGACGGUGCAGGACGUGAAGGGAUCCAUUCGCAUUUUGAAGACCAGCUUCACCAAGGAGCUGUCAGACCUGCGCAAGAGCCUCCUGGGCGAGAUCAACACUCUGAAGAUCGACCUGCGCGACGGGGGAGAUUUGGAGUCAAGCGGCUCAGAGCACGACGCAAGUUGA